AACAUUAUUUUAUUGAGCUUUUGACUCGGUACUUCGAGCCUUCAUUAGAAAGAUGUUGGAAGUUAUAAAUAAAUAGAUACAUACAUUGACGCCAUAGGUCAGGUGAUCAUGUCUUAAAGAUCACGUGACAAGUAUAUACAAUAUCGUCGUUAAAACAUUUUGCGGUCAUUACUGUGAUGAAAAAUACAAUGCCGCGCGAAUGUCAUUCAAAAUUUAAGUUCUAGUGUGCUUGAUGCUUUAUGCUUAGACAUAUGAACAGUUUUUGAAGUUGAUCUACAUGAACUUCUUUCAAAAUGACCAUCAGCAUAAUAACAACUCUUUACAUAGUUGCUUCAACUGUGUAAUUGUACGCUCGUACCUAUUUUUUCCAAGUAUUUUCCACAGUUAAAAAUUUUUGAGAAAUUGUGCGUAAGUUUAUCUGCUCUCUGCUCACGUUACUGACAUAUUUUGAUGGUAAGUCUUAAAAUGUCAUUGUUGUUGAUGUGCAAAAGAAACAACGUUUAUUUGUUCAUGAUUGAAAUUUAAGAGAUUUUUCACGGCAUAGUUAUUAAAUUGGCACUGCAAAAAGAAGAAAUAUGCGAUGAAAUACUUGGUGUUAAACGAAUACAGUGGAGUGACUGAAGGCAACUUAAAGUACAUCACAAUUGGUCUACGUCGAUUGAAGCUUUUGAUAUGCAGCCUUAGCAAUCGUGACCAUUAUGAUAACAGAACUGCUAGCCAGAAUAUAUCUCCCAAGCAAUGAUUAUAUUGGCUGUUACCGAGAUUCUAAAGAAAGAGGAAGAGAUUUACCACAUCUCCCCAACUCCCAUAAACGAAACAGAGGCGAUGUGUUAUCGUGUGUGUUAAGUUGUGCUAGGUCAGGCUUUCGUUAUGCAGGACUUCAGAAUGGAAACUUGUGCUUUUGUGGCAAUAGAUUUGGUCGUUACGGUCGUGUAUCAGAUAAACAUUGCAACAUGAAGUGUUUACCCUCCGUUGGUGAACAAAUACCAGCUGUAACUGAAGAUGUGUUCGAUUCCUGUGGCGGAAAAUGGGUGAAUUCUGUUUAUUCAGUUCGUGGCAUUCAGUAUCAAGAAGCAAAAGACGUUUAACAAAAAAAUGCAACAUCAAGUCACAUUUGUGAAAACUUUGGUUGUAGAAAUUCUUCUAUAGUCUUGUUGGCAUCGAUAUCAUCAAUCAUCUCUGCGUCUUCGUAAGAACAGCUGAACAACUGGGGAACAUUUUCACAAAUAUUGUAUUUAAUUUCUGCAAAAGUAACGUAAGACACAAGUGUAACUAUCUUCACUAUUGUGCAAAAUUGACAUAAGUUAAACUAACCUUUCCUUGUUCCUUGAGAAUCAUACUCUAAUGGAUCGUCAGACCAUGUAAACCAUGCAUUGUGCCGCAAAGACGACGGAUGAAAUUCUGUUGCAAAUUGUACAUUAUCGUAUUGUUUCUAAGAAAAAAUGAGGCAAAACUUGUGAAUAUAUCUCACUGUAACACUAUUCAUAUGUUUAAUUUCUUAUUUCCUCAAAACUCUUAUUGAUUUCUCAACUGUAACUCAAUAAAUAUAUACUCUAUAUGUUAA